AUGCUACUGAACAUCCUGACAGCGUUCUUCAUCGCUGCUGCCGCAGCCACCCUCCUAAUCUGCUUGGCACUAGGACUGCUCUCCCUGUCCCAAUACAUCGAAUGCCACGCCGCCCGAGCUCGCCGAUACGGCCUUGGAGCGCUCUACCUCCUCACCGUCAUCCAGAUCCUCCUCGUCAUCAUCGACAAUGUACCAUUCCUACCACUGCUUCCGAACCUCAUCUCUGCACCGCUACACUACACGGCGCUCUCACAUCCCGACUGGCCAUUCUCUUUCACCCGCACCCCCUCACGAACAACUUGGCCAUGGAUGAGCCUCCUCUCGCUAAUCCUCCUACCCCUAGCAUCGCACAUUUACGUAGUCCGACAUCACACACUCACCCUCCACGCAUGGCAUCAACAUCGAUACGACACCCUCCACCGACCUAAACUCCCCGGUGGCCGACUCGACUGGGACGUUAAGAGCACAGAUCCACCCACAGCAGGCGAAAUGACCAACUUGCAGGUAUGCGCGGUACUGGCGCUAUGUGUGUGGACGAUACCUGUGUAUAGGUUGCUGGGUAGGAUUGCGGCUGCGGAGUGGCGGGGUUACAUCGGGAGGCAGAGGGAAGGGGGAAGGUGA